CAUAAGUGCCGGAGAGCUACAUGCGGCCUCACCCUCGCGCCGUUGCUAGACGAGUCUGUUAUCUAUCAGCGACUUUAUCGCCGGUUUUCUUGGACUUUGCCGGGCAUUUUUGGAUUUAACGGCGGUCAAAUACCAGAGAAGGUCACAUUAUCCGGUUACGACCUGGUUACACGUUUGAUUGACGUGUUGAAGCCACACCCAUGCUUUAAAUCCACCUGCGCUUUCAGAAACUUACUCUACUGAAGCGCACAGGGACCCGAGCACUGUCUGGACACAAAUAAUAGCGGAUAAACCUUCUGUUAGAGCUAUCUGGACCACCCAGCUCAAGAAAAACGGCUGCGUUUAACGAAAGCUUUGUUCUGCGCUUGAGCCCUCCAGGUCAAUAGGACAGCAAAGAUGAUGCAGAUCUGCGACUCCUACAACCAAAAAAACUCUCUCUUCAAUGCCAUGAACCGGUUUAUUGGUGCCGUGAAUAACAUGGACCAGACGGUCAUGGUUCCAAGUUUGCUGAGGGACGUCCCGUUGGAUCAGGAAGAGGAGAAAGAGGUAACCUCUUUCCAGGAUGGAGACAUGUAUGGCUCUUAUGUGCUCCUCAAAUCAAUCAGGAAUGAUAUUGAAUGGGGUGUACUUCAAGCCGAAGAGAGGCGUAAAGAGAAACAUGGCGUGACGACGACACCCCUGGAGGUGUCUCGCAUUGAACCAAACGAUGAGGACUUGGAGAAGCUGUUUCAUUAUCAUCUAAGCGGACUACACACAGUACUGGCGAAGCUCACUAGAAAAGCGAACACUUUAACAAACAGGUACAAGCAAGAAAUUGGUAUCGGUGGCUGUGGGAAUUGAGACGAACUGAAGUUUACAACGCCGUUGGACCGCAAAAAAAUUUUAAUUCACAAGGGUGCAGCAGGGGUUGAAGCCAAAUGGGCCCCUCGUGGUUUCCAUGCAUCUUUAAUUCCCCGGAUCGAAAAAAAGACUAGUGCUUGAUGCCGGUUUAUAAGCACCCUUAAUUCCCCUGCUAACAUCCCUUGAUAUUGUUUGCACAACCUGGAUACUAGCUUUGAAAUUUAAUGCGACUUAUUUAAAUAAGCAAACAUUUUAAAAGAUAUGCAAAAGAUAUUUCAUGGACCGUUGUGGCAGUUGUAAUAAUGUUGCUUCUAACGGGCUUGAGUCAGAAUUAAAAUCCCUAAUUAUGUAUAAAAAUGCACAGUUCUGCGCUCAACAGCCACUGGUACAUCAUGACAUCCCAAUCGAUGACGGAAUCGCAUGAUAGAUCCUACGGAUGUUGAGAGAUUCCUGGAGAUUGCAUCACAGUUACUGUUGUUAAAUGUCUAGAAGGAAAAAGUUGUCGUGUAUUUUUUUCUAUGGUCCCUAAAAUAAACAUUUUGUAAAUGCAA